CGCACCUUAUUUAAGAGGACAUCACUUAAGGUCUAUGCCUAAAAGUGGGCAUCAGUGAAAUAUGUAUUUGUGGGGCUCCCUAAACAUGGUUGUUCAGGUCCUGGAGCUUUCACUCGAUUGAAAGAGUAUUUUGGAGUCACACGUUUUUUAAAUCUGUUACUACACAUACAGUUCAAUCAGUUUCUCAGAUGUCAUGUAGAAACAGGCCUACUUUUUUAUUUUUAUUUUGUUUGUGCUUGUUUGGAAAGAUGUGCAAGAUUGGAAUCCGGUUUCAGUCUAGAAGUAUCAAAUUAAUUCAAGUUAAAGAUGCAUAAAAGCCUUGAUGUUCAUCUAAAUGUAUGCCAACUCAAUAUGAUAUUCUCAAGUAUGAAGCGACGUCAGUUUCCUGUAUUAAGCUCAGAGUGAACUCUAACCGCCUGGCACAUGCAGCAGAGGGCAUGAGCACCCAGUCAAAGCAGCAUGUCUGAGGUCUGAACCCAGAUUGAGCUCCGAGAAGUGAUGCACCUGCAACAACUCCCUUCAUCGUCCGCACGGGCCAAGAAAACGAUGAGUGUGGACAAUGAUUUUACGCUCAUCAAAGCACAGGGGGAUGACUGCGUCUCCACCACCACCCUGAAGAACGAGCCACCGCUGAAAAGACUCUUCACAGGGCUGAGAAACCCAUCAAACACUUUCUCUUCAGACGACAAGAGUGGCGCUCAGGACUUUCUUCCCGUGGAAAGAGAUGACGGUGAAAGCGCGGACAGGAAUUUGCCUGAAUCAAGACACGCGCGGACAGAUUUCGCCUCGUCUUCUUCCAUGUUCUCGUAUUCGGGUCAACAUGUUACGCCCGCGCUCCCGGCUUUUUCCAGUCACAACAUGACACCUCACCCGGUCAUCUCUAACGGGUUGUAUAAUGGGCUGAGCUACGCUUACUCGCAAUCGUAUGGACAAACCUAUCCAAACAGUGCGGUCUAUCCGUUCCCCUCGGUGCCCGGUAAAGCUCAGGUUUAUCUGUGUAACCGGGCGCUUUGGUUUAAAUUUCACAGACACCAAACAGAAAUGAUCGUUACUAAACAAGGGCGGCGGCUGUUCCCGUUUCUGAGUUUUAGUAUUGUUGGUCUUGACCCGACGUGUCAUUACAAUGUGAUUGUGGACGUGAUUCUGGCGGAUCCGAACCGCUGGCGGUUCCAGGGCGGAAAGUGGGUUUCGUGUGGCAAAGCGGACACUAAUGUUAAAGGAAACCGAGUGUACAUGCACCCGGACUCUCCAAACACCGGUGCACACUGGAUGCGUCAGGAGAUCUCUUUCGGAAAACUGAAGCUAACAAACAACAACAGCGCAGCCAGCAACUCUACUCCGUUGAUUGUCCUGCAGUCUCUUCACAAGUACCAGCCGAGAGUGCACGUGAUCGAAACAGAUGAGAAUGGAGCCGAAGAUACAAGUCAUUCUGAUCGAGUACAAACCUUUACCUUCCCCGAGACGCAAUUUAUAGCUGUCACAGCUUACCAGAACACACAUAUAAUUCAGCUAAAAAUUGACCACAAUCCAUUUGCUAAAGGAUUUCGAGACAAUUGUGAUACAAUUUAUACCAGCUGCAACACCGAGCGACUGACCCCUACACUCGGUGACUGUCCUCGCUCUCAACUGCUGCCGGGCUCACGGUACGCAAUGGCAAGUGGUUUAUUCCAGGACCAGUUUGUCAAAAAUUGCACUAAAUCCAGUUUUACAAGCCUUACCACUGACCCUAGUACUAGUGACCGUGCAGUUCCAUUUACGAACAGCCUUGUGACCUCAACGCAAAAUCAAGAGAGCACCACGACUUCCGGGCAGCGUUGGUUUGUUUCUCCUCCAGCUGCUUCAUCAUAUGAAACUGAUAUUAAUGCAGCAGCUCUGCUCCCUUACGCCACGGUGGGGGUCAAAGGUCUGCCUCUUCCUGAUAUUGGUGGCACUGGUGGAGUUUUGGAAUACUACUCCAGCCCGCCCGGAUGGAAUUCCCAGGGUUCGAUAGAGAACAGCAAUAAAACCUCAAAUCAGCCUGGUUGGGUCCUAGAUGGAACUCCUGAAGGAUUGAACCAACCAAAUUAUCUGUCAGAGGAUGUAGAUAUGAUGAGAAUAAACAGAUCGACUUUGGGGGUACCUGAGAGCCUCGAAGGUCAAGAUAUUGUGGAUUCGACAUGGACUGAGACUCCAUCUUCCAUCAAAUCAGUUGAUUCCAGUGAUUUAAGGAUUUUGGAAGAGGCACGACAGAAGAAUACAUCUCCCUUCAUCACUCCUGUGUCAGGAGUUCAUAAUACAUUGAAAACAGACAUGCAGGUCUCACAGGACAAUGAAAGAAAAGGAGUCAAAGAAUCAGACUUUAUUCAUUUCAACAGUCAGACGACAACCUGUGCGGACUAAGUGUGCAAUUAAAAUGUUGUUGUAACAUUUUAAUGAUGAUUAUCCAACUAUAUGAACUCAAUGUAUUUGACAGCUUGUGCCAUUAUACCUUUUGUUGUUGUGUUGGUCAUUUAAAAAAAUAUGAAUAGACUGACAUAUCCUUUAGUCAUUUUUCAAAUCUACAACCCCAGUAUAAUGAAUCGGGAUAAUUAUUUUUUUUUUUCUCUACAAAAUGCUCUAAGUGAUCAAGGCAGUGUUUAAUAUGGAUAUUUAAAUGAUCUGACCUAUCAAAACAGUACCUUGAUUAAGAAAAGUGUUCUUUAGAUUAGAUUACUGUGGAGUCUAUAAUGUAAAUGUCAUUAAAUGAUGUCAUUCUGCUGGUGUCAGAAUGUUUAAGUUAGAUCGCCUAAAGAAACUGUCGAAUGUUGAGUAUAUUAAAU